CAAAAAUUUAAUAAAAAAAAUAUAAUUAAGUGAAACUAACUCAUAAAUUAAGAUACAUUAGUGAAAAUUAGGGUUUUCCGACCCCAAAGGUGCACUUACGUGUCGCAUGACGCAUACUGGUGUUCAGCCAGUCUGCCGGAUCCAUAAAAAGACGGGCUCUAAAGUUCGCCCUCGCCCACAAAUCGUAAAUGCCAAUCGGUCGCGGAUUGGCUGCUGGCGACGAUGUCCAAGGAUGCAGUGUUGGCCAUACCGAACGUCUGGAAACCUGAAUUGUACAAAAUCCAGCUCGAUGCCCCUACACCGAAGCCAGUGCUGUGUGAGAAUGAGGACAUUAUGGGACCCACACGAUACGGCAAGGAGUUCCACGGUACGAUGGAUCACAAAGAGUGCGAACAGCUGCUGGGCGGCAAACCGGAUGGCAGCUACCUGGUGCGGCGCAGCCCGGGAGCCGAUAACUACUACACGCUGAGCCUGCGGUUCGGACAGUCGACGAAGCAUUUUAAAAUCUUCUACUGCCCUGAAAAGGGUCACUUUUUGCGGGAAAAUUUCAAAAAGUAUGAAACCAUCCAGGAGAUGGUUGCCGACGGGCUGGUCGAUUUCUACAUGCGAAUACACGCGGCCCCCAUUCUGAAGGAAAUGAUGAGCCAAACGAAGAAGUGCUACGAACAAAGUCCGUACAUGACGCUUCACCGGCGGAAGCUUCGCUCUCUGUGCAACGAAAUGUCCAAACCUACCUCCAAGCUGGCCGUGGUGCAUGAUAGCGUGGAAACAGCGGACACCGAAACGGCGGAUAGCUGUGACAGUGGCGUCGGUGGUGGCGGUAGUGCGGGCGGAGAUGGGAAGGAGACAGGCGUUGAAAGAUCGGAAACGUACGAUAAUGAUAACCCUGGCUACGAGAAGCAGCACGCGUUCAAAACGCACACCUUCAAGGGGUUGAAUUGGUGCGAAUUUUGUGCCAACUUCUUAUGGGGUUUCACCUCUCAAGGGGUCAAAUGUGACGAUUGCGGAUUUAUGGCUCACUUCAAGUGCUCGGAACUGGUACCGGCCAAGUGUGUACCGGACCUCAAGCGCUUGCGAGGAAUUUUCGGAGUCGAUUUGACCACGCUCGUGACGGCUCACAAGUGUCGCAUCCCGUUCAUCGUGCUGAAGUGCGUCGAGGAGGUGGAAAACCACGGUAUGCUGCAGGAAGGCAUUUAUCGGAUUUCCGGGUUUGCCGACGAAAUCGAGGCACUCAAAAUGGCACUGGACAAGGAUGGCGAGAAGGCGGACGUGUCCGCGCAAGUUUACAGCAACAUUAAUGUGAUUGCCGGGGUACUGAAGUUGUACCUCCGGUUGCUGCCUGUUCCUUUAAUAACGUUUCAAUCAUUCCCCCUAUUUAUGGAAUCGAUGCAAGAGAAAUCCAUCGGCGAGCAAGUGAUAGCACUGCGAAACGCAGUGAAAGCAUUACCACCGGCCCAUCUGCACUGUCUCAAGUACAUCUUGGAGCACCUGAAUCGGAUCGCUUCCCAUCACGCUAUCAACAAGAUGAAUGAACACAAUCUGGCUACCGUGUUCGCUCCGACGCUGAUUGCAACGCCGCAGCAUAUGUCGGAUUUGUCGCAGGAGAUCAGUAUGCUAGCGGCCUUGAUUGGCCACUGUCAUGCAAUAUUUUUGUAACCUUUGCCUCACAUUGCGUCCCCGCUUUUACAAUAUCUAGCAUGUAAGACACACAUUUCCAACACUUAACGAAAAUAUAUCACGGACAUCACAUA